AUGGACAACAUUCGUCCGGAACAUAUUCCACCACCGUUCAGAGAAGUGUUAAAACGUCAAAAACCAGAAGUUCCAGGACAACCGUACGAAAUGAAGGCCUUUCAAAGCACUCUACCAAAAUCUGCUGGGGAUCCAUGGCGUGGAGCGUAUUCAAAACACGGGUUUUGGUACAAAUUCCACACUGGUGGGAAGGACAGGUAUAUGCUGAAUUACGACUGCUUCCUAGCUUGGCAAAAAGUGUACGGAACGGAAAAUAUUCGGAUUAUCAAAAACGAAAUAAUGGGAGGUAUUGUGGCUAUCAAGAAAAAAGACUACACACAGAUUGGUACCUACUUUGUGAAAGAGGAAUAUCGUCACUCUGGAAUUGGAACGAAACUCUUCAAAGAAGUCACUGAAGGAACUAGUCGUGUAGCAUUUCAAGCAAUGCAUCAUCUGCUACCAACAUUAUCCACCUUCGGACUACUUAAACAAUUUGGUCGACGAUUUAUUCAUGUGAAAAUUGACUGCCCCAACGGUUUCCCCGAUUUGAUGGUGAAUGUGAUUUCGCUUUCUUCCAACAACAAUUUACUAUUUCAUAUAGCAAACCUUCAGGGCAAGUGUCUCGGAUACGGAACGUUAAGAGAAUUAGCAGGUCGAGAUUUCGUAAAGCGCCUGCUGGUUGGGCCUCUAUACGCAGUAAACGACGACGUUGCCGAACUGAUUCUUCAAAUUUUACUGAAGAAAUACUAUAACCCUGAAGAAGACUACGAUUUCGAUCCGGAUGUGUUCGCAAUCUACCGACGGACCGUUGAGUUCAUAUUACCGGCUCAUGAGAAGCUAAUAACGGUGAUCAAGAAGCUGAACGGAACGGAAGUACAAAUGGACAUGGUAUACGCUGUUGGGGACUUGCAUUCGACUCUGAUCUGA